UCUAAAAAUAGCAAAUAGAGAAAGAGAGAGAGAGAGAGUGUAAGGAACAGAAGGAGGAAGAGAAUGGGUGAUGAUUGUAAACGCUGUGCUCCAACAAUUGCAGCCAUGGAGGAUGCUUCUUUAAGCGGAACUACCAUCUCCAAGAAAAGGAAAACUAACUCUGCUGCUUCGCGUGAGUUGCAGUUACACUUUUCGGAUAUGCAGUACCUCUCGAACUCUCAUUAUUCGUUCGGUGACUUUCCAGACAUUACCGUCUCGCCGGAAACUUCAGUGAAUUCAACCGGCACUGUUGUUUCCGGUGAAUUUUACUCGGAUCGCUCCCCGCUGUCUUGCUGCAGCUCAACCUAUGUUAUUGAAACAGGCGAAGUCGUUAAGGAGCUCGAAACUAAGCCGUUAGAUCUGGAGCUGCAGACCAAGGGUUUCGAAACUGUAGACUCAACGAACCUCAAUUUCAAAUCGUUCAGUUUGUUGAGUGAGCUUUCUGGAGACUCAGAAGAAUCAACGAUGUUUCCGGCGAUAUCUUCAGCGGCGGCGAGCGAGCAGCGGAAUUUUCCGGCAGUGAAGACGCCGCCAGAGGCGGAGAUUGAAGAGUUCUUUGCAAUGGCUGAGAAGUACGAGCAAAAACGGUUUGCAGAGAAGUACAACUUUGAUAUUGUUAGAGAUAUGCCGUUGGAGGGUCGGUACCAGUGGGUUCGUUUACAUUGAAUGCCAUGAAUGAGAGAGAAAGUGCUGCCUACUGGACACUGGUGACUGGUGAGGAAGCUAACCUUACACGAGGUAAAACGAAAUUGAGCGUGCUACUUCUGUGAGAGACGGUGAUGCUGCUGGUGGGUUGGUUUUUGUACAGCUAACUGCUUUCUCUUUGUCUUCGUGUUGGAUACAUCAAAGCUGGCUUUUCUGCAACAACACAAUCUCUGCACUCAUAGAUAGAAGUGUAGAACCUUCUUUCCGCAGAUGAUGAGGCGAACCAAAAAAGAAAAAAAAGGAAAAAAGAAAAUAAAUUUCCCACAUAGAACACAAAGAUUCCAUUUGAAUUGGUGUCCUAAUAUUCGGCAUUGUAAUUGAGACAGUCUCUUUCAGGGUUUCCAGUACAAUGAAGGGGUUCAGCUAAUUCUUAGGGCUGUUUUUAUUAUUCAUUAUUAGAAGAAUUCAUCAGUUGAACAUUAAUUGUUAUUUGGUAAUUUUCGAUGAAAAAAGUGUCUUUUGUUCCA